GGACCAGAGAUGACUAAAGUGAUCCGGAGCUACAACAAGAUGGCCGUAGCGUUGCUGCAGUACGAGGUGCUGCACCUGCAGGGGUGGAGUCAGGCUGCAGAGAGCGCCCCGCACCGCCUGAGCGCCGCCCUGCUGGUCACGCAUGAGAGCAGCAAGGAGUUUUUUGUGAACCUGGACCCGGUGGUGCUGGAGGUGCUGCAGGAAGCCCGGUGGAUGACCAAACUGGGGGUUACCGUGCCGAAGGCCGUCCAAAAAAUGACGUCCAGAGAAGCACAUGUCAAAGCGCUGUACAAGCGACUGCUGGAUAUGCUCCAGGACUACAGCUCGGUGUUAUCCAGGGUCCCGCCUCUCCUCUGCCCUCUGAUGCAGCCCUUCAUCAGCCACGUGGAGGCCUCUCUCUCCCCGGGACUCAUCACGCUGUCCUGGAGCGCUCUCAAUACAGACACAUUCAUAGAGAGCGUGUAUGUGGCUCUGAAGGACCUGGAUCAGUUCUCUAAAGCGGCCUCAGACCUGUUGGAGUGUCGUGUGGAGCGGCUGCUGCAGGACAUGUCCUCCUGCCCUCUGCUGCUGCUGCCUGUCUCACCCGUCUCUCCUCAGGACCUCCUGCUGCAGACAGACAGCUCAGCACAGGCUGCUGCUGCCACCCUCAGCUGGCAGAGUCAGCAGGUAGAGAGGAAUGUGUUUGAGCUAAUCGAUGAGCUGAAGGGGAAGAUGAAGACCACAGAGUCUGUCAAUCUGGGG